UUGGCCAUGGCCAGAGUGAAGGAGACAGGAUGAAUAUUAAGGACUUCCAGGUGUUUGUCAGAGACUCCCUCCAGCACAUUGACCUGAUGAAGGGACGACACCCCGACCUGCCAGUCUUCAUCAUUGGACAUUCUAUGGGUGGAGCUAUUUCCAUUCUGACGGCGUGUGAACGACCAAAUGACUUUGCCGGCGUGGCUCUGAUCGCUCCUAUGGUCAAGAUGAACCCAGAAUCUGCCACGCCCUUCAAGGUGUUCCUGGCUAAAGUCCUAAAUCACAUGGUGCCUAGUCUCUCUCUGGGCUCUAUUGAGUCUAAAUGGGUUUCACGGGACCAAAAACAGGUUGAGGCAUAUGACAAUGAUGAGUUGAACUAUCACGGUGGGAUGCGUGUGUCAUUUGGCAUGCAGCUGAUGGGCGCGGCGGCGCGGAUCGAGAGAGAGGUCCCUACCAUCACCUGGCCCUUCCUGCUUCUCCAUGGCGACGACGACAAGCUGUGUGACAUUAGAGGGUCUCAGAUGAUGUUUGACAUGGCCCAGAGCACGGACAAGAAGAUUAAGGUGUAUGACGGAGCAUACCACGCCCUGCACCAUGAACUCCCAGAGACAGCGGCGUCGGUGCUGAAGGAAGUCACUGGCUGGAUCUCUGAGCGUCUCUCUGUGUCUCCUUCUCAGGGCUCCUAGUCUCCUCCUCCUCUACACCCCCCAACCCACCCAACCCACUGUAUGACCUUUCUACAUUUGUACUGACAGCACAUACUCUACUGCUAGCCGACCAGUAGCGUCCAUUUGCAGUACAAAUGUAGUUAACUGCACCUUACCCCAGCCCUGUGCUAGUCAGUCACUUCAAAGCUCUUGGUCCUCUGGGGAGAAGAGGAGGGUGAGAGGUCAGGAGAAGAGGAGGGUGAGAGGUCAGGAGGCCCACAGGAGGUUACCUUAAGGUCAACUUGUCAGUGACCUUUGACCGCCAUGGCCAGUGUAGGGACGUCCUGAUUUUCUAGGCUGUACAUUGGGGACAACAGCUGUGCCCCAGCUGCCAGGCGGCAGUUCAUAGUACAUAUAUCAGCCAUGUCUCCCUGUACUGAGUUCAAAGAGAACCAUGCUGAGAGCUGGGCCAGGCGCAAUUCACAGAGGUAUUUUCUUUCUCCUUUGUAACCACAGUGAUCAAUAGGCCAACAAAAACAUGUUGAAUUCCCCCAGGCUGAGGUGUUCCCUUUUGUGUGUUGUCAUGGAGACAACUGGCCUUUGUUAUCCCCACCGUAUCUCAGAUCCUUUGUUCAUAGUCAAACAUUUUGGACUUGUUUGAACACCCUACUUCCCAGACUGCCAGACUGCUGCCACCAGUGAUCAUCUAUCAGAACUGCAGGGUAUAGGUGGCUGCACCCCAAGACUGAAAAGUUGCCGGUUACUAUGGCAACACCUCAGAAAACCCCAAUGAAAAAAAUGCUGAAUCCAUUAGAGCGCCACACUAAGGUGAGGCAUGCUGUGAAUCAUUAUACAGUACAUGCUGUGUACAGACAAAGGCGUCACUUCGCUGCAGUUUUCUCUGUAUUGAUAUAGAUGACAGGGCCUCAAUGCACCACCUGCAACCUCACCAUUUAUCUGUGUUUCUCCAUAGUCUGCAUUGCUAAGGACUAAUACAGAUUUUAAUGUGUAAUGUAAAAUAUCCAUGUUACUGAUAUUCCUCCUAUUUUGAAUGGUGGAAGUUGUUUUGUAAGGGAAAGACUGUUGAAUCCAAUUGGCCGAUGCGUUGAGCAUUUAAUAAAGUGAAAUUCAAUUGGCUA